AUGACUUCUAACGUUCCUCAGACAUACGUAAAAUCUCACAAUCUCAAAUAACAGAAAAUACAAAUAAAAGUUAUUCUAUCACUAUUACUAAUCAAUCUAAACCUAAAAGAAGAAAAGUUAUUAAAUUAAAGAAUCAUCUAUUAUAAUCAAAUGUAAGUCCUGAUAUUUAAAAAUUAUAUUAUUAAACAAAAAAGAAUGAAGAAUCUAAUUUAAAUAAUGAAUAAUAAAACAAAUCCAUUAAUUUACCUUCAAUAUCUGAUUAAUCAUCUAAAACUAAUUUGA